CAAAAGAUAUAUCACUCUUAACAACAGUUGAGUUAUUGAGUUAGCUUAUAUUUUCAUAUAUAUAAUCCACAUAUAUGGAUCAUACAUUCUUAUCAUCAAGAGGCAACACAGCCAUGACUGCCAUAUUGCUGCUUUUUGGGAUAUUAAUUUCUACCACAGUAGAAUUUACAGGUGCACAAUCCGUGGGUGUGUGCUAUGGAACACUUGGAAACAAUCUCCCAUCUAAGCAAGCAGUGGUGGAUUUAUACAAAUCAAAAGGAAUUGGGAAAAUGCGUCUAUAUGGAGAAGAUGAAGGAGCACUUCAAGCUCUAAGAGGUUCAAACAUAGAGGUCAUCCUUGGUGUCACAAAUGACAAGCUUCAGUCUCUAACCAAUGCUGGAGCUGCCAAUGAUUGGGUCAACAAGUAUGUCAAAGCCUACUCUGAUGUCAAGAUCAAGUACAUUGCUGUCGGUAACGAAAUUUCCCCCGGUGAUGCUGCUGCCGGGUCAGUUCUCCCAGCAAUGAGAAACAUCCAGAAUGCAAUCUCUUCAGCCAAUUUACAAGGCCAGAUCAAGGUCUCUUUAUCCAUAACAGCCUCCCUGAUAGCCAACACUUACCCACCAAAAGACGGUGUUUUCAGCGACCAGGCAAGAUCAUACAUAACACCCAUAGUCGCUUUUCUCAAAAGCAAUGGAGCACCCCUUCUAGUCAAUAUCUACACAUACUUCGCCCAUGUGGCUGAUCCACAACACAAUACUCUCAACUACGUUUUGUUCACCCAACAAAACAAAAACGAUGCUGGGUAUCAGAAUCUCUUUGAUGCAAUAUUGGAUGCUCACUAUGCAGCUCUUGAGAAAGCCGGGGCACCUGAUGUGAAGGUUGUGGUGUCUGAGAGUGGGUGGCCAUCUGCAGGUGGAACUGCAGCCACUGUACAAAAUGCAGAAAGUUAUUUAAAGAAUUUGAUCCAACAUGUUAAGGGCGGAACUCCGAAGAGGCCUAAUGGACCCAUUGAGACUUACCUGUUUGCCAUGUUUGAUGAAAACCAGAAAAAUGGUCCACAAACUGAGCAACACUAUGGUCUCUUCAGGCCUGAUAAAUCACCUAAGUACAACAUUUUCAAUUGAAUUGAAAUAGUGGUUACGGAUUGACCAUGGUUAAUAAACUGAAUUGGUGUUACUUAGAAUAAGGGUACCUAGUUCCCAUGGUUUUAGUUAUGUACCAAGGUCCAAGAAUAAUGUAUCAUGCACUUGAUGCUUCUGAUAAAUGCUUUUGUAUGGCUUUAUAUCAAUUAUUACUAUAAUGCAAGUUAAACAUUUUUUUA